CACCACCACCCCACCAGAGUGUGGGGAGGGUAUGGAGUGGUGCAGUCUGCGGAAGACCACCAUUGACAACAUGACCCAGUACCUGGCCCGCAAGGAGGAGAGGAUGCGCCACCAGAGAGGCUCGGCCAAUAAGCUCCCCACCUCCGACACCACAGCUGACGAGAAAUAUCCACAGCCUCCUCCCGCGAAGAAGAUUAAGACUCAAACUAUGACUUUAUGAUGUGUUUAAUUGUAUAAUAUCGCUCCCCA